CGUCUUUGCAAAGGAAGACCCAAUGGCGGAUGCAUUUCUUGGUGCCACUAUACAGUUUCUAGAGGGGAAAGCAAUAACCUUGGCUUCCCAGCAGAUUAGCCUUUCUUUAGCCUUUAAGAAAGAUUUGCCGAAGCUGAAGAAAACACUUGCCAAGAUCCAAGCUGUUUUUCAUGAUGCAGAGCAAAAGCAAGUCACCCUCGAGUACGCGAAGCUUUGGCUGAAGGAACUUGAAGACGUGGCUUUUGAUGCUGAUAAUUUGUUGGAUGAUCUCAAUUAUGAAAUGAUUCUGCGCAAAGUUGAGAUUCAGAAACAGGUGAAGAGGAAGGUAUACUUCUCCUUCUCACUCUUCAAUCCCAUCAGAUUUCGUUUCAAAACGGCAAAUAGAAUUCGAACAGUCACUAUGGAAUUGAAAAGAAUUAAUGAAGAAGCAAAGGGCUUUGGCCUCCAGUCACAAAAUGGAGGAUUAAUGAAGAACAGAGAGACUAACUCUGUUACUAUUGAUUCAAGCUUUGUUGGAAGAGAUGAUGACCUCUCGAUAAUAGUGACAGGGUUGACUGCUGCGAUUAAAAAUGAAAUAGUCCUGGUUCUUCCUAUAGUUGGCAUGGGCGGGAUUGGAAAGACCACCUUGGCUCGAAAAGCUUUUAAUGAUUUAAAGAUUGAAAAUCAUAUUUUUGACAAGAGAAUAUGGGUAUGUGUAUCAAAAGAUUUUGAUAUCAAUAGGCUUUUUAGUUCGAUUAUAAAAUCAUUGCAAGUCCAAAAACCCGAAGCUGAGGAUAAAAAGGCCAGAGUCAAGCUGCUAAAAGAAUUAUUGGAUGGCAAAAAGUAUCUAAUGGUUCUUGAUGAUGUGUGGAAUGAGCAAGCCACACUAUGAAAUGAUUUUCUUGGGUCUUUGAAAGGUAUCAGCUCAUCCAAGGGGAAUUCCAUUCUUAUGACCACCCGUCAGCAACAAGUGGCAGCCAUGACAAGAAUUUCUUCUUCUCCAUGUUCUUUGAAAAAAUUGCCAGAUGAUGAAUGCUGGCUCAUUCUCAAAGAAAAUGCAUUUGGUGCUGGGAAAGUGCCGGAUGGAAUGCAAGACAUAGGAUGCGAGAUUGCAAAAAAAUACCAAGGUGUACCAUUAGCUGCAAGUGUACCCGGCAGCAUAUUGCGCAACAAGGGAAGUGAUGAAAGGCUUUCAAUUUUGGAGACUGGCCUUCAAAAUUUAGGUGGAGAUGAAAAGUUGAGUGUUCAUCAUCUUCCAUCUCCAUCGCUGAAAAACUGCUUUGCGUAUUGUUCAAUUUUUCCCAAAGACAUUGAAAUAAAUAGGAGUCAGCUACUUCUAACUUUGGGCAGCAGAAAGAUUUCUUCAUUCAAAUCCAAGAAACAAUAUGGAGAUGGAGGAAGUUGGAGAAAUGUUUUUUUCGAUUUUGUUGGAUACUAACUUGUUGCAAGAUGCUGUGAAGGAUGAGUACAGGAAUGUCUUGAAUUGCAAAGUGCAUGAUCUUGUGUAUGAUUUGGCAGUAUCCAUCUUCAAUUAUAAACCCUUAAGGUUGAAAGGAACUAGAACGUAUUACGACGAGACCCUUUCUACUCGGUAUCUUGCAACGGAGAAAAGUGACGAAGAAAUACCAUUUCCUUUGCAUGAGAGUUUCAGUAAAAUCAUUGCCUGAUUGGUUUGGGAAGCUUUCGUGACUUGUACAAGUCGGGCUCGACUAUUGUGAAAGGCUAGAGAGUUUACCUUCCAACCAAUCAAUGAGAAGCCUCACCAAACAAAGAUGGCUGCGGAUUGAAGGUUGUCACCUUCUACAGGAAAGAUGCAAUCCAGAGAGCAGCUGCAGCAGCAACGACCCCAAUUCUGAGUGGUCCAAGAUCUCCCAUAUUCCUGAAAUCACUAGCAAAUUGAAGGAGUCUCUAUGUAAAGUUCAUGAUAAUGUAAAUUUCCCAGUUAAAGAUCCUCUGAAUUUCUCUAUUUAUAUAAGUUUCUUUCACCAUUUCCUCCUCAAACUCUUUCUGCUAAACAAUUGCUGCAAAAGAUCUUGCUUGCUGCUAAACAAUUGUAUGUGUGAGAGAGAGAGAUUAAUAUUUUAUUUUUCCGGAUGACUAUUCAUUUGU